AUGUUCUUGGGGAAUCAUUCUUCUUCAGUCAUUCCAGCAAUAAAGGAGGUUGUGCUGGGAAUUACGCCCUCGGGAUUUGUCACCGUGUGGACAAUUACCGGCAAGGAGGCCCUUCAUUCAACCAUCCACGAGCACGAAUCGCGACGCGUGAAAACGUCCUCGCCAGUUUUGGAGAUCCACUGUUGUCAGCAACUGCCUCGCCUUGUCCUCCUCGUCUGUGUAUCCGAAUGGAGGAUCUUGGAUGCUUUCGACUGUUCAACUCAAAUCCUCCAGUCCAGCGAGUCAUCGGAUGUGCGGUUCAUCGGGGGCGCCUUCUUCCACAAGGAAUUCGUCGCUGUGUACACCAGCGUUGCUGAGGCGAGGAUUUACCGCCUGCCCAGAGACCUCUUUUCAAAAAUGGGCGACCGUAUUGAAAAUACAGGACGAAAACCCCAACUCGUUGCCAUUCUGAAGACAAAAGGCAAGCUGGAUCGUGAGCUGGCCCGUCAUUUUCGUCACCUAGCGGUGAACAAGUCGCGCAGACCCGCACUGGGUCGUCUGGGGGCCCCUUCAGACGCGGUCACCGCUUUCCUCGCCGGCACCUCCGACGGUUCUCUGCAGGUUUGGACUCUCACCACGGAGCAGCUCGUGACAUCAUCUGGUGAGUUUGUGGGCCCGUUGACACGCAUGGACCUCAAUCCCACGGCUAGUUAUUCGCAAAGUGCGUCUGACCAUCAGUGCAAAGUCACAAUUGCCCUUGUCCGGGACGUUUCAAAUGGGAUGGAAUCACGUAGAGAAAACGAUCAGCAACCUCUUGAUUUGAAGCCAUUUCUACAAACAAGCCUUUCCGAUGUUUGGUCGAAAUUACUGAAAGCGCCUUCACCGACUACCAGCUUUUUCGAUAUUGCCUCCUCGUUCGCAGUCCUGCCAGAUCCGCCUGCCGAGAAACUCACCAUCACAUGUUGCAUAGUCAUCUACUCCACAUCUGCGCCCCUUCACUCGUCCAAGGUCCCCCCUGCCUCCCCACCCUCCCACCCCUGUCCCCCACCACUCCCUCCACGUGUCGUCCUGGCGACUGCGUCGGGUGACAUCAUCGUCGCCCAACUCGCACCCCUCCUGCACUCCCUCUGGCUGCCCGACCAAUCGCCCUGCCGCUCCGAGCAGUAUCGAUUGAGGGGACACCGAGGCCCCGUGCUUGCCCUGCUGCAUCCCUACUCCUUCGCCAGGGACAAGUCCGCCUUUCGAGCGAGCUUGCUCGUCUCCGGUGGCGAGGACUGUUCGGUGCGAGCGUGGGACCUCGACCCGCACCCUACCGAGUCCCGCCUCGAAGCGCACUGCUUGGCUGUGUUUCACAACCAUGCAGCGCCCGUAAUCGCACUCACCGUGGGACCGACGCCUGAUAGCGCGUGCGGAGUGAAAAGUACCUUCUUGUCGUCGUGCGUCGCUUGCGUUGCCGCCGAUGGCACCGUCAGCGUCAUUUCGCCCCAGGAUCGCUUCACCCUCUUGCGUGCCCGAUCCGGUUUCGGAGGUUCGCCGGUGGGCGGUGGAGGCUACGGUGUGCCCCUCGGUAUCCACGCGAUAAGUUGGCGUGUCGUGGAAAUGCUCCUUCUCAUUCUUGCCGACGACGGCUCUCUCUCGAUCUGGGAUUUGGGCCUGGGGCAACUGGAAAGAUACGAGACUGGGGCGGUGGCAUUGGACAUAUUCAACACAGGCACCGAUACCGUGGUGAUAAGUUCGCGUCCCUCCCCGUUGUCAUUGGCCACCAUCACCCCAGCCAAUCAGAGUGCGUCCGCAGCCAGCACCCGACAUCGCGUUGUGCCAUCUAGGCUGACACGCCGCAACCGACACACUGACCAAUCGCGUUUUCUCCCACCCCUCGUCCUCCAGGCCCUUGGUUCCAAUGUCGGUGGAGGACCCGCUGCCAUCGUCUUUCACUACGACAUCGAGGCUAUCAUCACGAACCUCCUUUCAACUGCUGUCUCUUCAAAGGACACAUCGAGUCACUCGUCGCACGACAUUCCACUGGGUCUUCAGGAUUGCGCAAACCUCCUGAAAAUUCUGCUUUCCUUGAUCUUUCCAUGGGGCGUGAGUUCGGCACAAUCAGAUGAAGAAAUCGCGGACGGACUUCAGUUGACACCACCGACUAGCACGCGACCCGACGUGCUCUUGGGUGCUAUAUCGCGGUCUGGCUACCUCUCCAUCAAGAUGCCAGUUCCACCGUCAAGCCGCGCGACAACCAGUAUCUACACGUUGUCUUCGAGAGUGUCGACGCGUCUGUGCUUGUCGCAGGUGGCUAUUGCCGAGGCUUUGUGCUACGCCCCUGUCUCGCGAUUGGCUGGAACGUUCAAAUCGUCCAGCGCCGCGACAAUGGCCAUAUCAGUGUGCUCCUCGCCUGCGAUAAUCCCUCGUCUGUCGCUCCACCUGCUGCUUGCGCAUUGGCAAGCCAAAUGCCUCCAUGUUAGUUCCGAAUGA